AUGUUCUACUCGCAGCUCAUCCUCGCGAAGAAGGGUCCACUCGGUCAAGUAUGGCUAGCUGCACAUUGGGAUAAGAAGUUGACCAAGGCCACCAUCACAGCAGCUGAUGUGGGGCAAGCCGCCGACUCCAUUGCAAACCCAGUGGUGCCACUCGCGCUGCGUGUGUCUGGUCACCUCUUGCUUGGGGUCACGCGCAUCUACAGCCGCAAGGUGAACUACCUCUUUUCCGACUGCAGUGAAGCUCUCGUCAAGAUCAAAAUGGCAUUUCGACCUGGUGUCGUCGAUUUGCCGGAACAGCAAGUGACUGCGAACCCGAGCUCCAUCAACGUGUCAUCGUUCGGUGAGUUCGACGCGCACAUUCCCUACGACAUCCAUGCAUUGGUCGCCCCUUCCUUGACGGAGUGGAUGACGACCCCGUCUCAAACGCAAGCGCGGCGGCAGGACAUCACGUUGGCCGACAUUACCGACCGGACGCAAGAUGACUCGUUCGGUGGAACAGACUCGUUUGAAGAUUCGUUUGGCGGUGGCGAUUGGCAGGCCUUUGACAUUGACAGCAACCAGGAAUUGGACUCGAGUACGAUAAGCGACAUCGAACGCGCGCGUGACGGUGACCCCAGUGGGCUCGUCGUUGCCCAAGACACAAGCAUGCUCUUGGACAACUCAAACACGGACGUGAACAAGCCUCAACCUGAUGACGACGUUGACAUGUUCCAGACGGACAAGGACGACCUCGACAUGAACGCGGACGUGCCAGACAUAGAGAUGGGAAUGAACCCUGACGACUCGAACGCUGACCAUGGCAUGGAGAUGCCGCCUACGCCGCCACGACCCGAGGAAGCAUCUUCGCAGAACCUGUCGAUCGAUUUCGCGAUCGACGAGGACGGAAAUAGCCUGGAGCCGCAAGCGCCGUCGCAGAAGAAGCUGCGCAAGCGCAAGAUUGGCCGGGAUUCCAUGACCGAGCUCUCGUCUGCGUUCAUCAAAAAGGGCUUAAAAGACGUGUCCGAUAUCGUGCGCGUGCGCGGACAUGUGUCGCAGAAGCGGCAAAAAGUGGCCGACAGCUCGCCAUGGACGCGGCUGAGUGCGCCAUCGACAGUGUCGUUGUCAUCAGCUUUGCUCGACAUGUUCAAGGUCACGAUGAACCAGCACAAGUUGCCAGCAUCGUUGCAGGCCGCUGCAGAGAAGCGCCAGGAUGGCGACGACGCGCCCGUGGAACGCAUGCGGCGCCAGAGUCACAUGGGAGCUGGAUCGUAUGCCGAACAGGACGAAGACGACCUGGUCCCGCACGCAGCGGAAAAAGUCGACCAGAACAACGCGGACGAAUUUGAAUUUGGAGGUGGACAGGAGCUGGAAGCGCUGGAUCAUGGCAUCGAGAUGCGCGACGACGAUGAGCAAAAAGAAGAGGAAAGAGAAGUGGACGAAGACGCCGUCCAUCUGGGGCUUGAUUUGGACUUGACUCUGGCACCCGUCAACGAUAUCCAGGCGAAUCUGGGCACAUUGGAAGAGUCGGCGGCUGCAACAACGACGGCAGUGGACCACAAAUGGCAUCCCCACACGGUCAAAGUGCUCCGCGUACUGCGGCAGGCUCUCGAAGACAAGGAGACGGUGUCGUACAAAGCCCUGGCGAAAACAACGCGAAGUCGACGAACAGCAGCCGCGCUGUUUUUCGAAAUGCUGCAGCUCAAAACACUCGACUUCAUCGAUGUCGACCAGCCCAAGCCUUACGGCAACAUCCACAUUUCGAAAACCACUCGGUUCAUGGAGUCUGUCCCGGCUGUCGACGGCAUGUAA